AUGUCCACCACCACCCGUCCCUCACUUCCCUCGCAAACAUCGCUCCCCGCCCAUUCCGAAACAUUGACUCCGCCCAUUUUUGCGGGAAGGUUUUAUACUCUUUUCCUUUUCUCUUCUUCUUGUGUUUCUCUUACUCUCUAA